GGUUCUAAAAAUAAUGAUAUCGGCACAUCAGCAGCAAUUUUGAAUCACAUGAAAAAGGAAAGGCACAAUACAAAAUGGAUAUUGUUUCAUGUUCAUCCUUAUACCAUGUUAUCUGCCAGAAACUGGACCCUUCAUUUUCCAUGAUACACCUGUAAAUAUGCAACGUUAAUAAGAAUUGAACCCAGAAUAAAAUGCGAUAAUCAGUUACAUUAGAGAAUUUAUUCGCAGCAUUACUGUGAGGUGCGGAAAGGUGGAACGGAAGCGAUCUCUCUCUCUCUCUCAUGGGCACUUAUAUAUGUUUUCCUAGGUUGCUAGAGAGAAUUAUGUUGUCAUGCAUGAAGCGGUGGUUUUCGACUCUGGUGUGCAUUGUGUGAGGUAUGAGUUGAGGGAUUUACGGGGCCUCAACUCCACCGAAAAAAGUUCUAGGAUAUAAACGAGGACUUCUUUGCCAGGCCUGUAUCUUACCAUUACACUGAAGAACUGAACGAGAGAGGGACUGGAGGAGGGAGGCAUCCUCCAACCUCGGCGCUCAAUCUGAUGGAACACUUUGCGACGCCUAAUUCCUGAUUGUUCAAUCUCCCAUCCAAUCCAAUCCUCUGACGUGAGCAAUUUCGAUCCAAAAUCUUCUGAAACAUGGGUGACAUCUCCGAACCGGAAGCUGCCAUGGCGAUGCCGGAGCCGUUUUCUUGGCUCACCCUUCGAGUCUUCUACCUGAGGCUGAGCAGGUGCGAGGUCGACGAGUCCAUGCUGGACAGUCUCACCCUCACUCACAUCCCACUCACCGCUGACACAGUCCUGGAAGUGAGCGGCGGCGAUCAGCAGCCAAGCAUCAGCAAUGGCCAAGUAACCUGCUCCCUCCGCCGAGACCGCGUCGACGCGAGCUCGGAGGAGGCCACAUUCGUCAACACGGCGACCGUGAGGAUAGCUGGCAGCGUGCGGUUCGAGGUCCAGAACAAGGACGAGAGGCUCCUCGUCGGGAUCCUGGAGAUGUGCGAGACGGAGAGCAAAGGCAAGAAGAGCUGGGUGAUGAAGUGCCAGGUCGCGACGCAGCGCGGUUCGGGGUUUCUGAGGACCGGCAGGGGGACGAAGCCGCCACCGACGGUCGAGGUGUACGCCGCGGGCGUGUUCCGGGGCACGCCGAUCGUGUUCACCAAGGCCAUGCAGCUGCGGUUCAGGAGGAGGCGCCAGGUGAAGGCGUUCAUGGACCCGAUUCCGGAGUGCGGCGAACUGGCGGAGGACAUGAACGAAAUGGCUCUGAAGCAUCAUGGUCCAGAGAAAACGGAGUACAGGUGCUACAAGCCUGACCCGGAUGCCGCCGCCGACAUGAGAUCCUCAGGGCCUGAAGGUGAAGAGUACAUCGAGCUGUCAUGGUUCACCGCCGGCGUGAGGGUCGGCGUCGGCAUCAGCCUGGGCAUCUGCCUCGGCGUCGGCAUCGGCGCCGGCCUCCUGGUCCGUUCGUACCAGUCCACCUCAAGGACUCUGAAGCGGCGGCUCAUCUCAAACCUGCUCUGAACCCUGCUCUUAACGUUCUAGCGCAGCAAGACCCUAACAUCAUUUCGCCUCGGUGCAAACCUGUAGCUGCGGAUGGUCGAUCGUUAUUCACUGUGAUGAAUGUGUUUAUUGUAUACAUCCUAGAUUCCUCGUGCCUGUUGCGAGAAGCGUCACCCUCCCACUGCAGUUCUGUUCCUGAGUUGCAAUUUACAAAUGCGUUGAUCGUAUC